AUGACGUAGUGUGUGUUUACGUAAAGCGUACAGGGGACAAAUAAGAGCAGCUACGAAGAGGGUUAUUGUUACACUUUACCCAGACGAAUGUCCAGCAUGGCUUUGAGAAGCGCCGUGUCCCGUUUCCUGGUCCGACCCAGAUGUGCCUUCAGCCCAGAGUCCAGAUCCCAGGGAACCGCAGCGGCGCUGAGAUACGAUGCCGAGAAACCUCAACAGAAGCCUAAAGCACCUAAGGUCCAGUUCGACUGGCGUGAUGCUCUGCAACUGGAGGGCCAGCUGACAGAGGACGAGAUCAUGAUCAGGGACUCCUUUAGGACUUACUGCCAAGAGAAGCUCAUGCCUCGCAUUGUGAUGGCAAACCGAAAUGAAGUGUUUCACAGAGAAAUUGUGUCGGAAAUGGGAGAGAUGGGGGUCCUGGGCCCAACUAUAAAGGGUUACGGCUGUGCUGGGACGAGCUACGUGGCCUACGGGUUGAUUGCCAGAGAAGUAGAGCGAGUGGACAGCGGCUACCGCUCAGUUAUGAGUGUGCAGUCGUCGCUGGUCAUGCACCCCAUUAACGCGUACGGCACAGAGGAGCAGAGGCAGAAAUACCUCCCCAGGCUGGCUCGUGGAGAGAUCCUGGGCUGCUUCGGCCUGACGGAGCCCAACCACGGCAGUGACCCCGGCGGUAUGGAAACCCGGGCCAAAUAUAAUCCCUCCAGUCGCACCUACUCCCUCACCGGCUCCAAGACCUGGAUCACCAACUCUCCCGUGGCCGACAUCGCUGUGGUCUGGGCCAAAUGUGAUGAUGGAAAGGUUCGCGGCUUCAUCCUGGAGCGCGGCAUGAAGGGCUUCUCCACACCCAAGAUCGAAGGGAAGUUCUCUCUGAGAGCCUCGGCCACCGGGAUGAUCGUCAUGGACGAGGUGGAGGUUCCCGAGGAGAACCUGCUGCCCAACGUGUCCGGCCUGGGGGGUCCGUUCGGCUGCCUGAACAACGCCCGUUAUGGGAUUGCGUGGGGAUCCCUGGGCGCCGCAGAGUUCUGUUUCCACGCGGCUCGUCAGUACACACUCGACAGAAUCCAGUUCGGCGUGCCUUUGGCGAGGAAUCAGCUGAUGCAGAAGAAGAUGGCUGACAUGUUGACGGAGAUCACCCUGGGCUUGCAGUCCUGCCUGCAGCUGGGCAGACUCAUCGACGAGAAGAAAGCCGCCCCAGAGAUGAUAUCCAUGCUGAAGAGGAACAGCUGCGGCAAAUCCCUGGACAUCGCCAGGCAGGCCAGAGACAUGCUGGGAGGAAACGGCAUCGCAGACGAGUACCACAUCAUCCGGCACGUCAUGAACCUGGAGGCCGUCAACACGUAUGAAGGUACCCACGAUAUCCACGCCCUGAUCCUGGGCAGAGCCAUCACGGGGCUGCAGUCCUUUACAGUGGAAAAAUAGAUCCAGCUUCUCUACGCAGCUGCUAACAAGACUCUGCUGCUACAACUGGACUCACGUGUCACAUCUGCUUAGAGAAUCAGUGUCUUUCUCUCUGGUUUGUUGAAAAUAUAUCUGAGUGAUUUAAUUCCAGGGAAACUAUAUAAUAAUUAUAUAAUAAUAAUUAUAAUAUAAAUAUACAAAAGUCUGUCGAUAAACUUUUGGACUGAUUUACACUAACUACUUCAGAAGUCAGUUUUUCAGCUUAAAGAAGGAUAUUUUUCUAAAGCAGCAAGCCGUUAUUUGUUGAUUGACUGAAGACUGCUGCGUCUCACGGUUAAUACUGAAAUCAUAAAGCACCAAACCUUAAACGACUACAGUGUUUCUGUCAUUGCUUGUGGAGUUCAUUUGUUUUGAAUGUUUAAUGUUUUUAAGAGAUAAUCGUCCAGUUACUAGGAAUGAGGUGGUUAUUACUUCUAGCACUUUACAGGCUGAUUCACGGAUGUCAUGACUUCGUCGGAGGUCAAAGCUCUUGAUCAGAGACUUCAAUGUUUAUAAAAUGUUACAAAAAUGUUUGCAGGUUUUUGAAGUUGAAAUGUAAUAAUGGACUCCACACCAGGGCAAAGAAAUGUCAAUUUUUGUUCUUUUUUUUUUUUUCAAUCCAAAUACAACCUCAAAUUAGAAAAAGACAAAACUACGGAGAAUUCAAAUAAAAAAAAACAAACAUGGA